AUGAACGAUGAUGACGACUUACCACUACUAUUACUAUUAUCACUAUUACUAUUAUUACUAAAUAAUGUGGACGCGACUACUACCAAUACACCAGACAAUCCAUACACUAUAUAUCAACAUUUGUCUACAAAGACACCUUAUUGGAUACCUCCAGUAGGUGUUAAUGGUACAACUGAUACACCACAGCCACCUCCAGGUUGCCAACUAGGCCGAAUUGAUCUGUUGGCACGUCAUGGUAGUCGUAACCCUGUGGCCUCCAACAUUGCCUCGUUGGAAACACUGUCAACUACACUCCAACCAUACGCUGCCAACAUCACCGAGCAGUACCAAUGGAUCCUGAACUGGACUGUGCCCUACCCCGUCGACGAGGCGGGUCUGCUCAUCCUGCAGGGCCAGUACGAGCACUACAACAUCUCCAAGCGCUUCCUGCAGCGCCAGCCCGGCUACUUCCAGCCCUACCAGCCAUUCAUCUACGACCUGUCGGCCACGUGCGUCAGUCGCACUGGCAUCAGUGGCGGCUCGUUCAUGUAUGGCCUGUUUGAGAACGUCGGCCAGCUCGGCCCACAGCGCUUCCAGCCAGUGUUCAUCGACAUCCAGUCCUGUGACCAGGACAAUCUGCUGCGCUUCUUUGACACUUGCCAGAGCUACAACACACUCAUAGACUUGGGAGACAUCAACGACAAUGAGGUGGCCAAGUACAACAACUUGACGUUUGGCACCGUGUCCAACAAUAUUGCCACCAAGCUCGGACUCCAGAACAUCAUGGAUCCGACCAACAAACUGGUCAGCAAUAUGUACCAGGCAUGCUCCUACGACCUGUCCAUCUUUAACAUUACCGAUCGCUGGUGCAGUCUGUUCAGCGAGGAGGACAUCCUCACGCUCGAGUACUCCCAGGAUCUGUCCAACUACUGGAUGAAGAGCUAUGGCUACCUCAACAACUACAUCAUCGCUUCGUCCCUGUUCCAGGACAUGAUCUCUGGUCUCGACCAGUACAUUGCCAACCCAACUGCCAACAAUGCCACCAAUGCCAUGAGGUUCGCUCAUGCCGAGACCGUCAUACCAUUCGUGACCCUGUUGGGCCUGUACCAAGACCCCUUCAAGCUUACUGCCAAUCUCACCGCCCAACAGAUUAGCAACCGACUUUGGAGAAGCAGUAUCAUCUCACCCUAUGCCGCCAACAUCGCAUUCUACCUCUUCAACUGUGGUGAUGACCAAUACAAGAUAAGAGUUGAUCACAAUGAAGUGGGCGUUCUUAUUCCUGGCUGUGAUGAUCUGUACUGUAACUACACUCUGUUCAAGUCGUUGUUCCCUGAGGCAAUGGCAUUCAAUUGGACGACGUAUUGCUCGCCAAGUUCAAACAACAAUGGCAAUUCAUGUAACAAAUCAGAGGAUGCUUAUAAGAUCUACCUUGGUACAUUCAUACCAGUAGCAUUCGUCGUUGGUACUCUUGCCGGUGCCCUCACCAUCAUCUUCUUUAAGAAGAAUGAUCAAACCAAGAUACCCUACAGACAAGUUCAUUCAUAA